CCACGAUGCGGGAAGAUGGGAGAGCCGCGGAGCCGCUCGCGCCAGUUUAUUCAUAUCAGUUUAUUCUGUUUUUAUUAGCGGAUUAAUAAUUUCUUUUAUUUUAUGUUUAUAUUUGCUAGUGGGAAUAAACUGUAUCCGCUGAAGCGACGCAGGCCACCGGUUUCAUUCAGCAGGGAUAAUCGGUUUCAGCAUCACUGUCCUCUACAGCGGACGGUCACUAGCAGCUUCAUCCUCAUCAUCAUCAUCAUCAUCAUUAUUAUUAUUAUUAUUAUUAUUAUUAUUAUUAUUAUUAUUAUUAUUAUUAUAUGCUUCGUGAUGUCAGCGUUUUUGCAACUCGCGCUGCUCUCCGGUCUCGCGCUGUGUGUCGCGCUGCUGCUGCAGAGAGCCGGAGUAAACAACAACAACAACAACAACAACAACAAGGAGACCAAACCGGAGGGGCCUGCUGGACAUUUCCCCCCAAUGCUCCACAGGAAGGUGACUCCAGAGCCUGCACGGGGGUCCGGGGGGCAUUUCUCCAGGGCUCACAACCCCGAGGCCAUUGCCAGGGCGAAGGGCGGCACGACCGCUGGCGGAAAAUCCAACCUCGCCGGACAGAUCAUUCCGGUCUACGGAUUCGGGAUCCUCCUAUACAUCCUUUACAUCAUCUUUAAGAUCACGUCCAAAGGGAAAACGGCGAAGCCUCAUGAGAGCAGAUUCCCUGCUGUCAGAUCAGAGAAUAUGAAGAGGAAAAUCACGGACUUUGAGCUGACGCAGCUUCAGGAGAGGCUGAAGGAGACGGAGGAGGUGAUGGAGAGAAUAGUGUCCAGAGCCCAAGCUCAGCGUGGCAGCCCGGACAGGGCGGGUCCUGUCAGUGCAGAUCAGGAGGAGGCGCUGCUGCUCCAGCUCAGGGAGAUCACGCGGGUGAUGCAGGAGGGCCGGCUGGUGGACGAGAUCCCCCCAGCACAGGGGGCCACGGAACCCCACUAUGAACAGGACUUGGAAGAUUAUCCUGAUGGGACGGAGUACCCUGAAGAGACGAUGACCGAGUGGCAUCAGCACAGCUGCAGACACCACGAGCACCAGGCUAGCAGGUUCCAGCAUGGAGAGAUGGACGGAGAGAUGGACGGAGAGAUGGAUGGAGAGAUGGACGAGGGACGUGCAGAUGGAGGGAACCACCCUGAUGGUGAAAGUGUUGAUGACUUUUUUGCAGACUGUGUUUAUGACGAGGGAGACUGUCUUGCCGGAGAUGGUAAUGAAGAUGAGGAACUUGCUGCCGAGAGGAUUAUGAAGGGUCUGGAGGCCUUUUCUGCAGACCAAGAUGAAACCUUCAACAAACUUCCUCCUGAAAAUGAGGAUCUCUGCUGGAGUGCUCCAUCAUCAGGCAAAGGUCUGAUAAGACGGAAGAUCAAGAACGAAGCGGUCCGAGUGACCUGAGUCACCAGCAUGAAAACUGCCCUUCACUGCAUCUUUAUUUAUGUAUUUAUUUACUUAAUUAUUCCCCUCUUACCUUUUGCAUGUUGGUUGACUUUGUUAGGGCUGUACCACGGUUCACGGUUCGGUUCACAACGCGGUUUGGACAUCGUGGUUCGGGAUGAGUCAGACCAACGGAGCAAAAGCAACGAAAGCACCCAAACGCAUGAGGCUAGGAUUCUAUUCAUUUAUUGUGGACAGUAGUACAACUUAGAAGUUUGUUCCACCUGGUGUUGCCUAGCGCCCUCCUGAGGUGGCUUUAGUUGGUGCAGACUGUAGUGGGUUGUUUACACUAAUCUCUGUGCUGAUAGUUAAGCUUCCGCUGUGAUUUUUUUGGUUAGAAAACAGUAAAAUCUGUAAGUCUUGGUGCUGAACCUGUUCACAGAGGAUCAGUAGAGGAUUGAGGAUCAGAUUUGAUAGCUGUUUCCUCACCUCUCACUCACUGUCCACAUCCAACUCAGCCUCACAGCUGCUCGGGGGUCAGGAGUUAUGAACCUCCACAGGCCGAGUCGUUUGGCUCUAGCUGCAGAGAGGGUCCUCUGUGAACUCGCCAACAACCUACAGCUUAAGGUUUCCAGGUGGAACUCGCGUUUGGGAAAUUUAGUUCUGCAUUACAUUCAUCACUGAGAGUGUGCCUAUACAUGCACUCAAUAAUCAGAUUUCUGCAGUUAUCUGAUUAUUCAAAUGGUCAUGUAAACACUGUACUCCGAUCUAGAAAUCCGAUUAAGAGACUGGAUUUUAGAUCAGUAAUCAGAUUUCUCUGUCUGCAUGAGAUCAGACGGUGGAUGUCGACACAGCAAAACACUGAUGGAGCAGCUCUGAAACCAAACAUGAAAUAAAGGAUUUAAAUAUUCUUCA